GCGCUGCGUGUACGCCCCGCUGGUGAGAGCGAGUGGCUUACAUGCGGUGCGGGCAGCUCUGUGUCUGCAUGUGUGAAGUACGCAGACACGUGCCGCCAGCGUAUCCCAAGAGCAACAACAAGGACAACCAUUGACACUACUACUGCUGGACAGCCAAAGGCAGUGAUGGCUCAUAUGGGUUCUCCGGAUUCCGCAAUUGCUUCUCGGCUACUACAUAACUUAUCGCUGAGUGCAACUGCCGAUGAUGUUAAAAAAGCCAAAGAAGAAGCAGAGGAAAGGCAGGUUAAGCUGAACAAGAGUACCACAAAACUUCCAGCAGAUGAAGCAGCAGAAGGGGUUCGUUCGCAAGGUGCACAUCCAGCAGCCAUAGGAGAAACAACGCUUAUGCCGUCAGCUGAACUUCCUGCUGGUCAAACACCAAAUAAAGAUUUUGAUCCCUAUGCUAGUCCUGAAGUCGCAGUUGUUUCGCGUUUUUUGCUUGGCUUACCGUCGAAUGCGAGUGUUGAAGACGUUAAAAAAAAAGAAUCAGAGAAUAAGUUGAAACUUGCAGAAUGUAAAAAGGAAUCUCAGGGUGUCGAUUGUGAAAAACCUCCUGCAGAAACAUCGGUUGCGUCCUUAGUUUCUAGACCGUUUGGGUCAGAAACGUCCAGUGUUCAUCCCACAAUGUCACAAGCACAAGUACAAGCACAAGCAAACACUGAGUUGGGAGGGGAAAACGGUGCAAAUGUUUCCCUUCGUCAAAAAGGUGGUGUAUUGUCUGAUGAAGCUGCUCGUGGUGCUGCUGCUGCACAUGGUCAUGAAGGUGGUAAAUUAUCUCUUGAAGUUCCUCCUGCUGUUCCUGAUGCUCAUGAUGCUGGUGCACCGGGUGAUCAUCCGACAACGCCACAGAUUCCUACAUUGAACAAGAACGUUGAUGGAACUGGUCAAGAAGUGGUAUCGACCGUACAAAGGCAGCAAGGUGAAACUGGUGCUUCUGGUGCUGCCGCGUCCAGCGACGGUAUUUCCGCUACCCAACCCAAUGCAGUUGUAGGUACAACUGAGAACAAUAGCUCAGCAAACAUGGACUCCAACAAUGCCAUCACACCCAAUAAUGAGGAAUCAUCUGCCACCAACAAUUCUCUCACGGAGACUUCCAAUGAAUCUAAUGCUGCAGAGAGUGUGGUGACAAACAUCACAAAUGAUGCCGAAAAUACAACCAGUAAUGAGGAAUUAACUAACGCCACCAACACCAACACCACUACCAACACAACAACAACAACAACAUUUCCUCCUGUACCUACAACCGACCCACAGAUCAGCAACAUUGCCUCCACAGUGCAGAAGAAUGCUAACGCAGACAGCAGCAGUAUCAGCAGUUCUUUGUGGAUGCGUGUGCCACUACUGAUUGUGGUUACACUGGCCUGUAUUCUUGUGUACUGA